CAGCGGCUAGAGCGUCCUUCCACCACUCGAAUGCCCAGCACCGUGGCGGCUAGAGCGUCGCCUCCUCCAGGGGAGCCGCGUGUGACCUUCCAGCGGCGCGCAGAUGCUGCCGGUGACCGCUCGCCCCCUGUUGGGGCAGUGUCUCGGGUUUCGGGGCGCUGCGCUCCGUCUCGCCAGGCAACAGGUGCCAGGUGUCUGUGCAGUGCGACAGAUGAGGAGCAGCAGCCAACGGAAGGGUGAGGCCCUGGCCGGUGCUCCACUGGAUAACGCCCCCAAGGAGUAUCCCCCCAAAAUCCAGCAGCUGGUCCAGGACAUUGCUGGCCUCACGCUCCUGGAGAUCUCAGAUCUCAAUGAACUUCUGAAGAAAACGUUGAAGAUCCAGGAUGUGGGCCUCAUGCCGACGGGUGGGGUGGUGCCUGGUGCUGUCCCCACUGCAACAGCCCCGGAGGUGGCAGAAGAAGAUAUCCCCAAACAAAAAGAACGUACACAUUUCACUGUCCGCCUGACAGAAGCAAAGCCAGUAGACAAAGUGAAGCUGAUCAAAGAAAUCAAGAACUACAUCCAGGGCAUAAACCUUGUCCAGGCAAAGAAGCUGGUAGAGUCACUGCCCCAGGAAAUCAAAGCCAACGUCGCCAAAGCAGAGGCUGAGAAGAUCAAGGCUGCCCUGGAAGCCGUGGGUGGCACCGUGGUUCUGGAGUAAACUCUGGCUUCGAGGACUUGUGUUCAGGGUCCCUGGGACCCUGAUGGGGCCCUGCCUACUACCCAUGCUGCCCACUCUUACCCUCAGCACCAGGGAGUGGGGGAGUGACAGCUGCUGGUUCCAUGUGGACAGGUCAGCAUGGCCAGGCAGACGGACCUACUGUGUCCAGAGAGAGGGACAGCUGCUGCCUGUGUGAGACGCCAAGAGAAUGAUUCGAGGACGCUCAAGAGACAAUGUCCUCUGGUGGCCACUGAGAAAAAUACAGCUGAGAAAAUA